AUGGCAGGCUUGGAAAAGAGACACCAGCAGCAAAUGGAGGCCAUCAUGACACAGCAACAAAGCCCAGCAGAGAAUUGUCUGUUGUUGGAGGAGUGCAAAGACUUUGAAAUAUUUGAUUCGUUUACUGGUAUCCUUGGAAACAGUCCACCCUUAACAUCUCACUGGGAGCGGUGGGAUACAUAUUGUGAGGAUCUGACCAAGUACACAAAGCUAACUAGUUUGGAAACAUGGGGAACAAAAGAGCUGGAUUAUCUUCGUCUUGAUGACUUUUCAAGUCCCUAUCCAGAUGAAAAAGUUAUCAGUAAAACUCCCACUCUUGCUCAGCUAAACAGUGAGGAGCUUUAUGAAGACCGAUUUGAAAGAGUCCCCAUACCUGUGCAAAAGGCUUUGAGUGGUGCUGAAAUGAACAUGGAGGAAAUUGAUCACGUGAUCAUAACUUGCUGUGUUCCUCAGAAUUGGAUCUGUGAUGGUAAACCAGACUACAAUGAUGAGCCUGAUGAACAAGGCUGUGAACGUAAGGAAUGUGGCAGUAACAAGUUCCAGUGUACUAAUGGACAGUGUAUUCCCUAUACUAUGCACUGCGAUGGAGACAGUGAUUGUGGUGACCAUUCAGAUGAACAAAACUGUACAGUCACUAAACACGUCCGCUGUCAAAGUGGGGAAUUUAAAUGUCCAUCUGGUGAAUGCUUGCUAAUGGAAUGGAAAUGUGAUGGUGCAAAAGAUUGUAAAGACGGAAGUGAUGAAAAGGACUGUAAAUUGGAGAAGAUCACUUGUGAAAAUGAGCAGUGGGCUUGUGCUAGUGAAGAUCAAUGUAUUCCGACCUUCUGGCGGUGUGAUAGUCGCACGGACUGCCAUGAUGGCAGUGAUGAAGUUCACUGCAAACUGCAGAUGUGCAAAAGUAACGAGUAUCAGUGUAAAAAUCUUAAUUGUGUUCCAACUAAUGCUGUUUGCGAUGGACAAUCUGACUGUCUGGAUGACUCAGAUGACGGUGGUGCAACCUCAGUUCAAGAUGAGCGUGACUCUGAUGAUUCAGAAGAUAAUGAACCUAGGGAGCGAACAUCCAGCGAUGUAGAAAAUGGUAGCAAUCGUAAUGCUAGUGAUUCUGAAAAUGAAGAUGCUCAAAACCGAAUUCCCAGUGAUUCGGAGGAUGAGCCAACCAGAAAAAAAGGCACGAAUGAAAUUGAGUUUGGGGUAGACGAGGAAGGAUUUGUUUACCUUUCGUUUGAAAACCUGGAGCCAGUUGACAAUCCACAGUUCCUCUGGUCCAAGGACUACAAGGGAGCUCCAGACUCAGAGAGAACAGACAUUUCUACCGAUGGAAAUAAGUCUAAACUUAUUCUAACAAACCCUUCUGAGGAAGAUGUAGGCACCUAUGCUGUUGAAGUGCCAAAUACAGAUGGAGUAUCUGCUAGUCACAUGCUAACAAAGGAAGAACUAGAGGAACUGAUGCGCAAAAGCCAGGAUGUACGACAUCCACUAAUACGGAAAAUCUCAGGCUGGAAUGUAGAUGUACUGGAGAAUGGAGAUGUGCGCCUCUGGUUACAAGUAGAAAAACUGUCCUCUGAUGCAGUUUUGGAGAUGAUUCUUAAUGACAAAGUCAUCCAAAAUACACCGAAACGAAAAAUAACAUUUGACAAGGAAAAUGGACUUAUUGAAAUAAUUAAGGAAGACUUUGGUGAAGAAGAUAAAGGAACGUAUACUGAAAAAGUAGUAGAUGGAAAAGCAUCAAACCAGCUCAUUGUUACCCUUUCUGGGAAAGAUUUUGAUAAAGUUUAUGAUGAGUCCCAAAAGAAGGUCACAGAAGACUGCCACGUUAUUAUGAUAUGCAAAGUUAAAAAUACCAAAACAGAGACCACGCUCAAGUGGUCUGUGGACAAGAAACCACUAUCUAACGGACAAUUUGAUAAUCAAACUGGGUCAGGGACACUUGUAAUGAAAAAGUUUACAAAGGAAGAUAAAGGACUUUACAAAGCUGUGGUAAAAGAUAGCAGGGGAGACGACACGACUGAAAUGGAUCUUACCAAAGAAGGUAUUGAAGAUAUAAUGCGAAAAAUUUGUAGAAAAAGUGCAAUGUCUGCCUCCCCACUGAAAGGUAAAGGCACAGCUGACGGAAUUAAGAUUUACAGCGAUGUGAAAUAUUUCAUGGAGAGCAUGAAACCUGUAUGGCACCACAAAGAUAAGAAAGUGGAGUUUACUAGAGAGGUGGAAGAAGAAGAAGACAAUGAAGAUGACAAACCUGAUAUCAGUGAUACCUUUUCAGAGCCAGGUUAUGAAAAUUAUUCUGUUGAAGAUUUGAAAGGAAUAACUGCCGUGUCAUCGAGGAAAAGACGAAAGCAAAGGUAUUUCUGGGAAUAUAGCGAGCAAUUAAUGCCUUCUCAACAGGAAGGGAUGCUGAGACUGUUUGAAUGGGACAGACACACGCUUCCCAGAAAUAUGUACCAGAAGAAUAGUCUGCAACACGGCAAGUACACUGUGAAGAAAUCUCGCAGGACAGGUGUGGAAGACCUGACUCCAAAUCCAAGAAAACUUCUGCAGAUUGGUGGUGAACUGCGUAAACUGAAUAAAGUAAUCAGUGACAUAACACCCGUAUCGGAGCUUCCUGUCACUGCCAGGCCGCGAUCUCGUAAGGAGAAAAACAAGCUGGCUUCCAGAGCUGGCCGUCAAAAAAAGAAAGCCCAGUAUGAAGCCAAUAAAGUGAAGCUGUGCCGCCUGAAUACUGAAUAUGAUACAUUGCUACAGUUUGAACUGCUGACGGAUCAUGCCUCAUUGAAGUGGAGGGCACAGACCAAAGAUUUAAAGGGACAGAUUGAAGAUUUAAAUAAGCUACAACUAAAGCUUAAAGAGACCCUAAAAACUAGCAAGGCUAGAGAGAAUAACCUCACAGAAGACCUGGAAAACCUAAACCAAGAGUUGCGAACAAAGCAGAGAACCCUUAAAAAGCAACAGAAGGAAAAAGAUGAAGUAAACAAGGAAAAUGAAAAACUGAAAAAAAGGGUGAAACAUUUGAUGAGCAGCGUACAGAGCAAGUCCGAUCUGGACAAUGCCAGCUCACAGUUGCUAAACUAUAUGCAAUACCAUCAAAUUAAAAGGUUCCACGAGGUUAGACAAUGA